UGUUUAACUGUUUAUCUUCUUAUUGUCCUGCAGGUGUUUUGAUUCUUGAUCCAGGUGAACUAUUUGAUGAAUUCAUUCUUCACUUCACUGCCCUGUGGUUUACACUGUAUAUAAAGGAUCUACAGAGUAACUGAACUCAUCCUCCUGAUCAGAGUCAGACUGAGACUGAUCAAAUUUGCAGAAAACAUCAAGGAAACGUCAGACUUUGGACACUGGACUUCCACAGUGACGUGUUCCUCUGCAGCACCUAACAGAUGACCUUUAAGGUGUUUGAUUUAAAUCCUCAGCAGCACUCUGAAACCACAACAGCUGCUGGAUCCUAAACCCGACGACUGGACUGAGAGGAACCAACAAAGAUUCAGACCAGAGAGCACUUUGCAAUAACAGAAGCAACACUCACAUCAAGCUGGAUGAACUUCUCUGAUCACGAAGACAGAGCAGACAGAUCAGAGACACUUCUUCAAAGGACCAGCCCAACUAAUUUAUCCUUAAAUAUUGUAGUGACUGAUUACCUGCCUUCACCAUGAUUCAUGCUGUCAGGUCAGUCAUGAUGAAAUGUAGAGAAACAGAGCUAGACUACAGUAAACGACUCGCUGAUGCUGUUAAAGAAAAAAGCAAACGUCUGGAACCUCAGAGAGAGCCUCUCCCUGUUUAUAAAGUUCCCCUGAUUGAAGAGAAAAUCAAUGUGGCUGGAUGCAAACGUUUCAGGUUUGGGAAACAGUCCUUUAAACGUAAUCGCACCAUAAUGGUUCUUGGAGCAACUGGUGCUGGAAAAUCAACUCUCAUCAAUGGGAUGAUCAAUUACAUUCUGGGUGUUAAAUGGGAGGAUUCAUAUCGGUUUAAAUUAGUUGAUGAAGGUCAGUCAAAGUCUCAAGCUGAAAGCCAGACCUCUGAAGUCACUGUGUACAAACUCAACCAUCAGAAAGGUUUUGAAAUAGAUCACUCACUGACCAUUGUUGACACUCCAGGCUUUGGAGACACAAGAGGCAUAGAAAGAGACAGAAUGAUCAUAGAGCAGCUACGUAAUCUCUUCUCUGCUCAGCUCGGUGUCACUGAAAUUGAUGCUGUGUGUUUCGUUGCUCAGGCUUCUUUAGCUCGACUCACACCAACACAGAAAUAUGUGUUUGAUUCAGUGCUCUCAAUCUUUGGCAAAGAUGUGGCAGAAAACAUCAGGGUUCUGGUGACAUUUGCAGACGGCCAACGUCCUCCAGUUCUAGAGGCAAUCAAUGCUUCAGGUGUCCCAUGUCCUAAAACAAAAGACGGACUGCCAGUUCACUUCAAGUUCAAUAAUUCAGCCUUGUUUGCUCAGAACACAUCAUCUGCAGCAGAGAGAGGGAGUGAGGAUGAUGAAGGUGAAGAUGAAGAUGAAAACUUUGAUCUGAUGUUCUGGAACAUGGGCACAAAAAGCAUGAAGAGGUUUUUUGCUGCUUUGAAUAAAAUAGAAACCAAGAGCUUGACAAUGACAAAGGAGGUCCUCAGAGAGAGACAGCAGCUCGAGAAUUCAGUUGAGAAUUUGCAGAAGCAGGUUAAAGUUGGGUUAGCCAAGCUUGAGGAGAUAAAAGAGACGAGUGAAAAACUUAAAGAGCACGAGGCAGAGAUCAACAGGAAUGAGAAUUUUGAGUUUGAAGUCACUGUCAAAAAGCCUGUUCAGGUUGACAUUUCUGGUUCUGGAGUUUUCCUCACCAACUGUCAGCAGUGUCAUUUUACCUGUCAUGAUAAUUGUGCCUAUGCAAAUGAUGCAGAUAAAAUACACUGCUGUGCAAUGGGAUCUAACGGAUACUGUACUCAGUGUCCAAGCAAGUGUCACUGGAGUGUACAUUUUAAUAUGAAGUACAAAUUUGAGUACAAGGAAGUUAAAGAAAAAAGAACAGUGAAAGAGCUGAAAGAAAAGUACCUUGAAGCCUCACAGGCUAAGAGACCUGUACAGGCACUGAUUGACAGGCUGAAAGCUGAAUAUGAUGAUGUGCAGAAUGAGGUGGUGAAACUGAUGGAGAUGUCUUCAAAGUGUCUGAACAGACUUAAAGAGAUAGCACUGAAGCCAAAUCCUCUGUCCACUCCAGAGUACAUUGACAUGCUCAUUGAGGGAGAGAAGUCAGAGGCCAAACCAGGCUGGAACCAACGAGUUCAGUCCCUGACGGACAUGAGAAAGCAAGCAGAGAUCAUGGCUAAAGUAGACAGAGGAGAGAAACUCCUCCAGAGUCCACAGUGACCUCCAGUGUCCUGAUCAAAGAAAAUCAAAGAGCAACUAAGAGAAAACUGAUACCAGCAGCAACAACACUGACAGCAGUGAGACCCAGGACAAGAAAGACACUGAUACCAAACAAGACAAGACUAACAAAUUCACAGACACCUUUAUUAUAUAGUCUUGCUUGUUUAACUUUGCCUUACAGUUCUUCAUCAACCCUGUAAUUAGUUAGCCAUAAAGAUACAACUUUUAACUUUUUUUUUAAACUUUUAAUCAAAUAACUGACAUGAAAGAUCUGAUAGUGAUGAAAUGAUGAAUUCACAGUCAGUCAGCGCCAGUUCUGUUUUAUUGGUUCCAGCUGUGAUUAAUGUGAGAUUAAUAUUGUUCUGUCAAAGUAGACUGACUUACUGUCACAGUAACUACUGCUGAUAUAAAGCCAUGAUCACUACUACUCUAACUGUAUGUUAGAGUAUGUGUUGCUAUGACAAUAUUUAGUUCUCUGCAGCUGUUACAAAUUAUAUGUAUUUUGCAUGUUUUUGUUUGAGUUACACAAAAGUAUAUACCAAUGAAGGUUUGAUCAAAUUACUCAACUGCAACCAGUUUACAUUGUUCAGUACAAGCUGUCUUUAACACAGAGCUGACAGCAUUUUACUUUUGUCUUUUUGAUUGUAUUUGGAAAACUGGACAGUAAACAGUGAUGGGUAACACUUUAAAUAAUAUUGUCUAUUGAAUUUCAUUUUAUUUUCCUGUGGUUUAAUAAAGUAGCUCCAAAUCCAAUUUA